AUGGAGACUGCCAUGAGAGCCCACAAUGCCUCCUUUCCCAUCAACAUGCCCUCCAAGGCUCCCGCCAGUGCAAACUACUAUCCCAUCUCCCGCAUUGCCGGCUCUCCCCCUGAGGUUUCAGAUGUCAGCACCACCACCGGCAGCGCCAGCGGUGAAUACGACUCCUCGGCCGGCUACUCGGGCGUCGACGUCAUCGACACCCUCAACGACCGCAUGAGCAACGUCUUCGACCCAUCUCGUCUCGACCAGGGCAUCGCCAAGCAGACCCAGCUCUCCGGCCAGCUCAACGCCAAACAGCGGGAACUCCUCGAACUCCAGGCAAUCAUGCAACGCCGAGUCAAGGGCGCCAGAGCAAACUUCGCCGAAGGUAUCAAGGCCGCAAAGGAGACCAAGGCCGACCUCGAGUGGACCCAAAAACGUGUCGGUGCUAUGAAGGCAAAGGCCGAAUCGGCACUUCCAAAGGAAUACCGCUCUGCAUCAAGCAAAUAUGCUUAUCCUGAGGAUUACUGA